CUCGUAAACGAUUCUUAAACUUUUAUUCUCCAUUUGAUCAGAAGUGAGCUGAGCUGGGAUCAGUCUGAUGACGUGUUCUAUGAGAUUUGUGGAAGAGUAGAAACUUUUUUACUGACUUCUCUUCUUUUUUUUUACUCUCGAUGAUUUACUGUGCCGUUACCGCCGGUUGGAGCAGGUGAAGAAGCGUUUCAGAGAUCAACAAGAACCAGCUCCGAGGUGCUCUCAGGAUCCCAGAACAACUCGUCCGAAUUGAAACCUGGUCUCUGCCAGUAGCAAUGGCUUCAAACUCCACCCCUAAGGGUUGCGGCUCUAGCGUGGACUCCCUUUAUUACAACUUGUGUGACCUUAAUGCCGUGUGGGGCAUCGUGCUGGAGGCCUUCGCAACGGCUGGCAUCAUCUUCUCCUUUGUUCUUUUCAUCUCGCUGCUAGCCAGCGUGCCCUUCACGCAAGACAAGAACCGCAAAAGCUCGGUGGCCCUCCAUGCCUUGUUCCUGGUCUGCACCGCCGGUCUCUUCUGCCUGACUUUCGCCUUCAUCGUGGGAAAGGAUUUCGCCACCUGCGCCUCCCGGAGGUUCCUCUUCGGCGUGCUGUUUGGCGGCUGCUUCGCUUGCCUCCUGAUGCAGUGCGUGAGGCUGAACAUCCUCGCCAGGUGUAACAGCGGGCCCCGGGCUUGGGUCUUGUGUCUCGGGGCAGUGGGUCUGUGGCUUGUGGAGGUGGUCAUCAACACAGAGUGGCUGAUCAUCACAGUGGUGCGCCACCCACAGGUGCCACUCAACGCCACAGCUGAAACUAGCAGAGCCACGGCUACGCCUUGCAACAUCGCCAAUGAGGACUUCGUCAUGGCGCUGAUCUACGUGAUGACCCUGAUCCUGGCUGUGGUGCUGGCAAGCUUGACCAUCAUGGCGGGCAAACACAAUCAUUGGAAGAAGGAAGGCGCCUUCAUCCUUCUAACCAGCUUUGUCACUGUGGGGAUUUGGGUGGCGUGGAUCGUCAUGUACGUCUACGGGAAUGAGAGGAACGGAGGGCCCGCUUGGGAUGACCCCACCUUGGCCAUCGCCUUGGUGGCGAAUGCGUGGGCGUUCCUCAUCCUCUACACAAUUCCGGACAUCUGCUGUUUGACCGGUGAUGAUGAAAGCCAGCCAAGCUUCGGGGAAGAUCUAUACCCGAACCGAGGAGUCGGCUACGAGACGAUCCUGAAGGAGCAGAGCUCGCAGAACAUGUUCGUGGAAAAUAAGGCUUUCUCUAUGGAUGAGCCCAACCAAGCGUCCAAGCCUGUGUCUCCAUACAGCGGCUACACGGGUCAGCUGCGUGGUUCAGUCUACCAGCCCACUGAGCUGGCUCUCAUCAGCAAAGCAGUGGGAAUCCACCCUCCGGACGUGUCGUUUGACAUGGUCAUUCCCAGAGCUUCCGUCAACUCUGCUGCCAACAGCGGGAGCAGCACCCCUUCGACACGCACUGAGGCCGGGAACACUGCACACACUCAGACAAACGGAAAUAGCGGGAAUGGUCUGCAUAGGACGUCCCAGUGGUGAAUACGCUGUGCCUCUCAACACCCCGUCAAAAUAUCUUCAGUUCAUGUCUUUUUCAUUUGCACCUGCUGAUUUGCUGUUCAUUGUGGUUCCCUAAGCUGGUUCUAAGAGGAACCCUCGGCCCAGACAUGUUGAGGCGACCGCUGGCUCGUCCCCACUGAUGGAAAACAGCUUCUAUUGACUGAUUUUUCCGUGAGCCGCUGGGCAUCAGAUAGUAUAGAGCUUCAUUUGGAAGUCAAAGCGACGGGAUGAAGCCGCGGCUCUGCUGCAGAACAAAGACUUUUUGCAAUGGUCGCCUUUCACUGAGAGUGGACUGUGAGCUCUCUGCAGGACCCAACCACACACAGACGAAGAGUGACGGUGCUGACGGCGCAAAUAUGAUAUUCACGUGUGCACACACACACACACACGUAAAAGUACACCCCCUUCCCCCUAAAAACACGCCAUAAACAAACUUUAUAACAGUCAAUGUCACGACACAGGCUGGAAAAGAAGAAACUAAAUCAGAAGGAUUGACUAACAUGUUGUGCACAGUCGAGUUUAAUUACAGGAGUCAAUGUAUAUUUGUCCCUGCAUUGUGAAUAUUGUUAUUAACCACACAUACAAUUGAGCUACUGGUGUUGGAUUAAUGUGAAUAUGUUUUUAGUGUGUCAAUGGUUCUACACUGCAUGGAUGCAUUGUAUGAAUGUGUAUAUUUAAUACUAUUUAUAGCACCACUGUGUGCUAUUUAAUUGUUUUAUCUUAUUUCUACCAAUCAAAUGAGAACAGAGAGCUCAAAUCACGCCUGUGAUUAGCUUGUUUCACUGGUUUAUAAUGCUCAAUGUCAUUUCUCAUUAACAUGAUAUGUUUUAUGUCCAUAUUCCAGAAUAAAUAUGUACUCCUUUAGCUGACCUACAAUUUCAGAACCUUGUCAUCUUCAGAGAUUUUUUGUUAUUUGCCUUCAAUAACAACAUAUUCCUGAGUCAGAACUACAGAAGGACCAUCAAAGCUUUAUGGGAGUUGUAGUUGUUGAAUGUUAAAAAAAUAAUCAAGGGCCAAAAUCAUUCACUAUUCACUCUGCAGUCCACAGUAUACUGACAUUUAUUAUAGCCUUUAUAUGGAACUCAAAUGAUCCCACAAUGCAUCCUAAAGAGUUUACAAUCUAUGGUCCAUAACUCAAAGCUAACGACCAUCAUGCAAGAGCUGCAGCGAUUAGUUGACUAAUCAAUUAAUUCAUUGACGACAAAAUAAUCACCAACUAUUUUGUUAAUAGAUUAAUAGUUGAAGUAAUAUUUCAUGCAAAAAUAUCAGAAAUGCUGUUUUCAGCCUCCCAAAUAUGGACAUGUUAUGCAUUUCUCUGUUUUUUAUCAUAAUAAAAUGACUAUCUUGACAAAACAAGACAUUUAAAGACAUCACUUUGGAUUAUAUACUGUAGACCAAACUACCCAAUUAGAACCUAAUUAAUCGAGAACAUAAUACAUAAAGCAGAUGAAUUGAUAAUGAAAAUAAUACAUCCAACUAUCAUCUUCAUUACUGAUUAAUCUGUAAAAAAAAAAUAAUCAAUGAAUCAUUUAGCUGAUAGAAUGUCAGAAGCGUUGUCUUCUCUGGGCAGGAGAUACAAGUGUCAUUUAGUUUUAAACACAAAUGUUGUUAAACACCCUUCUUGUGUGGUGAUGGGACUUCAGCUGUUUAUCAUUUAUCUUUUAUUUUAAUGUAUUGAAUUAUUUUCUUUUUUUUUACCACAGCCACUGUGUGAUAUGUCUUUAAUAUACAGCAAAUAAAUAUUCACUUGUCAUGUUUUGUAUAGUGAGUUUUCAAAAUGUACCUGGUGAUGACGAGGUCACUCUGGAAAUAUACUUUAUGGAUGAUCCUGGUUAGUAUUUGAUGUGGACCUCAAAGGAUGCUGAGACUCAGGACCAAACAUCCCCUCAAAAAGUUGAAUGAAGAGAAGAUUUGCAUUUCUGGUCAUGCAUGGCCUGCUGCAAACAACCUGGAGUCUGGAGACUGUCAUACAACUGUUGAUACAAACUCUGACAUGUCAUUUACUUAGAAUUAUACUAUUCACCUCAUAUAACAUACACAACAUGUGAUCUAUUUGAAUAAAAGUGCAGCCU